AUGUGCUCAAAUCCACUUAUGUACAUUAAAAGGUAUGCUGGGUCAAAUAAGGACCUGGAGCCCAAUAGAAUGAAGCCCAUCGCAACUUAUUUCAAAGCCUCCCUCAUUCGUUCUUCGCGUCAUUUCAAAUUAGACAAGUGCCCAGCUAACUGCUACCGGAAAAGUCGCGCUCUGUUGAAAAUUGGUAUCCGUGGUGUUACUGUUUCUGAUGUUCGAGGAUUUGGGGCUCAAGGUGGUUCAAAAGAGAGGCAUGGUGGCUCGGAGUUUUCUGAAGACAAGUUUGUUGCCAAAGUUAAGAUGGAGAUUGUUGUGAGCAAAGACCAGGUUGAAGCUGUAAUAGAAAAGAUCAAAGAGGAGGCAUGGACUGGAGAGAUUGGAGAUGGCAAGAUUUUCUGUGAGCGCGGAGAGAAGGCUGAGAGGAUGACAGGAGGGCGGUCUGACAUAUCAUUGACUGCAUAA